AUCCGUGGCUCAAAUUUUGAUUUUUAUGCCAAAAUGGCUGCAAAAUCGCAAAGGUGUUCAAAAGUUUGUGUCGAAAACUUGGCUUCCAACUUAAAACCAAACAUCCUAGACGAGCUAGGAAUGUACCUUAAUCCUCGAAUGCCCUUGAAAGACUAUAAAACGCUAGCGGGAAAGCUUGGGUAUUCAUUUUUAAGAGUGAGAAACUUUGAGAGAGAAAGUAAUCCAACAGUGUCGUUACUUGAAGACUGGUGGACAAGUUAUGGCAAGAAAGGCGAAGCAAAAACAGUCUCUGAACUUAUAAAUAUACUCGAAGAAAUGAAGAGAGACGACGCUGCAAGUUUACUAAAACCUUACGAAUAUAUAGAAAUUGAAGUUCCACCUCCUAGUUAUUCCAGUUCAUCACCAAGAUUCAAGUUCGGUGCUUACUCUUAUAAUGAUAUAAUAACAGAGACAAGACUACCUACAGAAAAUGAUUUUUGUUUCUCUGGCUAUUCUGGAACCCCAGAAGCAAUUGGUACAGUGGUACAGAGUGAAAUUGAACAUAUAAUUCAUCCUCAUUCUACGAUGGGCUCCAUGUCAGAACCUCGAGCACAAGUGCGACACCCAGCAACAAUAGAACAGAUUCAAAAUAGACAACAGAAUGAACAACAAAGAGUUAGAACACAAGAGAACCCACCCAAAGUAAAUGAAAACUCUGGCAUAAGAAAUACAAACGUAAUGGAUGAUAGACCUAGUGGUCACAUGAGAAAUACACACGUAAUGGAUAGCGUACAAAGGCCUGGCUUGAUGCAAGUGCCAAGACCAAUGGAGCCCCCAGUGGUAUCAGAUAAAGUAGCCCUGGUUAUUGGUAACAUGGAAUAUGAAUGUGAAAAGCUGAGAGGAUUAUUGUACCCUGAACAAGAUGCUCAAGAGAUAGCCAAAGCACUUUGUCAGCUGGGAUUUAAGGAAAGGGAGUGUAUGCUGUGUUAUAUUAUGGAGGCCACGGUUAUGAAGACGGUGGAGAGAACUUCCUUGUUCCAGUGGACGCUAACUUGUUAUAUAAAAGAGAGGACAGCCUGUGCGCACAGGAGAUACUUCAGACGAUGCAAGAAUGCGAAACAGCGUUAAACUUGCUUAUCAUCGAUUCUUGUCGGAUAAGGCUUCCCGAUAGAGGACAACGCCCUACUUUCGUCAAGCGAGGAGCAAAAGGGAAUAACAUCUUCGCUUACUCAUGCUGCUCACAACAGGUAGCCCACGAAGAGCAUGACCAGAUGAAUGGAUUGUACGCUCAGCAUCUUUUACGGCACAUCCGAAGAAAUGCUAGAAUAGAACAUAUAUUGAUGGAUGUCGCUACAGAUGUUUCCGUCUCGAUCGACCCAAGAAUCAACCAAAGACCCUGCCAUGAGAGUGACGCAUAUUUAGACUGCAGAUUAACGGAUCCAAUAUACCCAAACGUAUUGCCGCAUGAGUUUUCAGAACGAGUUGCACUAUGGCAGAAAGCACACACUCUUCCAGAACCAUUCAUCGCGCUUGAGACCAAAUAUCUUGUGGUCGCAAUGGAAUUUAGAGCAAACUUCUCGAACGUAAUGGAGGUGUUAAUGAUCACAUCAAACAAAACAGACUGUCCGAUGACACGGUUCGUUAUGGAUUUAGACGUACAAUCGGAUCAACUUCUAGCAAAUCUACAGUUAUUCUACGACUUCAAUGGUAAACCAGAGAGAUUGACAAAAAACCUUAACCUUGGUUUUCCACUAGUCUCGUCAGUCUUUACAGAGUGGGAUUGGUGGAUUACCUGUGGUCGAUCCCCGCCUACUAAAAUCACGCAAGUCUGAAAUGUCCUGAAUAUUUCAAGGUAAUCCUUGGGCUUCCUGUGGUGAUCUACACUUUGUGGGGUGAUUCGAAGAAAAUCGAUGGGUUCCCAGUGGAAUAUUGUAAUGUAGUCAUUGGGCUGCCUGUGGUGAUCAGUCUACAAGGAAUAUUGUAAUCUAGUCUAUGAGCUGCCUGCGGUGAUCAGUCUACAAGGAUUUUCUAAGAAAAACGAUGGGUUCCCUGUGGUGAUCACUUUAUAGGAAUAUUCUAGUGUAGUGGAUGGGCUGCCUGUGCUGAUAAGUCUACAAGGUUUUUCUAAGAAAAACGAUGGGUUCCCUGUGGUGAUCACUUUAUAGGAAUAUUCUAAUGAAGUCAAUGGGCUGCCUGUGCUGAUCAGUCUACAAGGAUUUUCUAAGAAAAACGAUGGGUACCCUGUGGUGAUCACUUUAUAGGAAUAUUCUAAUGAAGUCGAUGGGCUGCCUGUGGUAAUUAGUCUACAAGGUUUUUCUAAGAAAAACGAUGGGUACCCUGUGGUAAUCACUUUAUAGGAAUAUUCUAAUGUAGUCGAUGGGCUCCCUGUGGUGAACUCUCCUAACCAAGAGUACACAAAUUUAAAGUAUUAAUGGUCGCUGUAUAUAGUAAUCUUCUAGUGGUAGUUAGGUUCCCUGUGGUGAUAUCCAUUCAAUCUCUUUGUAUAUAGCCACGUUUUAAUGAAUUGAGUCUGAUCGAUGGGAUCCCUUCAGGUGAUAGCUGGGUUCCCUGUGGUAAUAUCCACUCUUUAUCCUAAAUUUAUACUCGGUGUAAAUACUCGAUUGUAAAAUCGUCGUGAAGUUCAAAAUAAUAGGCAUUGGGAGAGUGUGAUGAAGUGUGACAAAAUGCUUUGUUUGAUAAGAUGAAUCGAUGUUCGAGAGCUGCAA